AAAGUUAUUGCAUAUAAUCUUUACGUAGUUAAAUAUAUAUCGAUCAAUACUCGUAAAUAUAUCAUAAAUUAUCCCUUGGCUUAAAUAUCUGUGUAGCUACAUAAUACCUCACCACAACUGUAACUUGAAGCACCAUGGCUACCUAUACACUUCUGGCUGCUAUUGGAUCGCUGUAUUUCCUGGUUGGUUCUGCGACUGCUAGCUGCUCUAUCAGUGGUCCGUUGACGGAGAGUUUGAUGUCUGGUAAAGUACGAAAAACAUGCCUAUACAAUGAUGUAAGGCUUGAAAUAGGCUCAGAGUUCGACACCAGUUCCUGUGAGCACUGUAGUUGUACAGAAUCCGGACUCAGUUGCUGUGGGAUCGGUUAUCGGGCGGGUGCCAUACAAACGUUCCCCGGAUGUGAGAUUAUUGGAGAUGGGUGUGACCCCCUGUCUGUGAAGACAUGUGACAAUACCAUCGGCUGUGAAACCGGAAGACCAAUUAGAAACAAGCUAUACGAACGUCUCCGUCCUUCAUUCGGCACCAGGUCAUAAUAAUAACCGAUCGAUUGUGUCUAACAAAGGAAAAUAAAAUCUCAAUAUUUA